CUUUUAAUUUAUUUUUCAUAAUAUUUGCUAAUAAUGUUUAAAAUAUUUUCAGCGUCUUUACGAAAGGCCGAUGAGAAAGCCAAACUGGCAAUCUACACGUCAGACAUGGAUACCGACAAAGAAGCGAGAUGUUACAGAAAAAUUAGAGCGAAAAAAUUUGUAUCCUCGUCUGAAAGCGAAGAAGAACCAUGCACAGACGUAAUUUUACCAUUUGCUCCAUGUCCUCCAAAACGUCCCCGACUGUAUGGUACAAAUGAAAGUUCAUACAUUACAUGUUCUGGGGAUUCUGCGAUAAGAAACGGCGAAUCACAAGAGAUGCGAAAUUCAAGUUCCCGAUCAUUUUUGCAAGAUCUGGACAAUCAUAAUAUUUCAUACGCAAGAAAUGAAGAAGCGCACAACAGUGCUGUAUACCCAAAAGAGAAAAAUAGAGAAAACAUAUCAAAUCGGCAUGUGGAUAACAUGGAGGAAAUCGGCCGAAGCUAUACACAAGACAAAGAGAGACGUACAGAGAAAAAAGAUGAUAAUCAUCAAUCUUCACAAGAUGCAAUUG